CCCCGUAUACGAGACACUAAUGGCUACGUCCUGUCCGUUACGGCCAAUCCAUUCGUGCCAGUCUGCUAUCAGUCAUCCGUCCAACCCCUGGGCAGCCCUCAUAGCGCCGGCUGUUGCUCGUCCACUGGCUGCUGUACGCCCACCGGACCGCCCACUCCGCCGGGCUACUCACACCUAUCGCCGCGACCAGCGCUACUACCGGUGCCCUUAUCACCGCCGGCCGCCACCUCCUCCUACGCUCGCUCUGCAGUUCAGUCACUUCCCGACCACAGAUUUGCACACUUCUUCACAACCAAUGUGAGUAUCGAGGAACUGGCGGCCGAUCUCUCCAAACGCAAUGGCUAUCACUGGCCGUCAAAUAGUGGACAAUGCCAUCAACCAUUCAAAUCAAAAUUUUGUAAUUUAAAUGCGAACAAUGAAAUCAAUUUGAAUGGCUAUCCGGCUAUUCCUACCGAUGAGGACACCAGUGAUGGUGCUGUCGCUUUGGGAUACAUUUCCGAUGAUAGUCUUCAAUAGCUACUUAUUACUUAUUAUAUAUUUAAGUUUCUGAUUUACAAAAUCAUUAUACCUUAUACUCUAAUUAUUUGUUACAAACAAAUUGUAUUACCCAAGUGUUUUGAAAUUUACUCUACCC